AUGUCAAAAUUAGUAUUUUUCGUUUUGGCCUUAAUCGCCAUUAUCGCCAUGCCUACUUUUGCUGCUCCUACUUUGACUACUUUGCCGCUUAAUACUGGAAGUGGAGUUGCAGGUAAUAAACCUGAAACAGCAGGUAGUGUGGAAACUUGUGUUACGAAUGGUAAUCAAUGCGAUCCAACUGUCCCGAACCCAUGUUGUAACAAUUUAGUUUGCAUCGGAAUCAGUGCAAAUGGCUCCCCCGCUCAAUGUGUUCCCAUCUAA